AUGUUUGCCCUCCUAGAUGUUGCGUUCAUAUACACGUUGACGCUUGCUCUUGAGAUUCUCAGGGAAGAACAAGAUGUAGUAAUGCAUUUGCUGAAAAUCGAAGCCGUGAAUGUGGAUAAUUGCAUCAACUUUUAUUUUUUGUGCCUCUGGAGACUGCGAAGUAACCUGGGAUCGAAACUGAUACCUAAGUAUUUUUUGGUGGGUCAAAAUGCUCUUGAGUCCCAAAUGAGGCUCAUGGCAGGAACCUCUUCUGGGACUGAGUUUUUCUGCAUGAUCUCCUUUCGCAUGGUGCCCUCAAAAUUCGGCGGUGUCGUCCGCAGGCACCUGGUACCCUCCAGUGUGACCAUGCGUUGUUGGCCACUGUCCAUUGUUCCUCGUCGUACAGCCGUCCUGACUCCUGAAGGUGCUUAUCAUCCUGAGCCGAAAAAAGUCCGUUUUGGUCUCGCCGCGGUGUUCCUCACGGUGAUUCCCGGACUUUUCCUUGGAGCUAUGAUCAGCAAGACCUUGGCCAGUUUCUUGGAAGAACAGGAUCUGUUCGUGCCGUCUGACGACGACGACGAUGAUUAG